AUGGGGGAAACCGCCUCCGCGGCGCCGCCCCUCGAUCAGCCGCCGUUCCCGACGCUUUACGUCGGGGAUCUCCACCCAAAUGUCUCGGAGUUGCAACUCCAAUACGUUUUCUCCCCCUGUGGCGCCAUUUCGUCGAUCCAUGUCUGCCGUGAUCGAGCCACCGGAGCCUCCCUUCAAUACGCCUACGUAAAUUUCUUCUCUUUCCUGGAUGCGAAGAAGGCUCUUACGAUGAUGAACCACUACCCUCUGAACGGUAGACCUAUUCGGAUCAUGUGGUCUCAGCGAAACCCCUUGUGUAGAAGGAACGGCAUCGGCAAUCUUUUUGUCAAUGUGAUAUCCCUGUCUUUUCUCGCCCUCCGAAUUUCAUUUAAUUUGCUACAAUUUGUGUUUUUGCUCUGAUAUUGUGCUUUGCCU